AUGGCGCGCGAGUAUGUAUGCGAUGAGCGUGGAUGUGGGAAGACCUUUCUCCGACCCGAGCACCUCUCGCGCCAUCGCCUGAACCAUCGCCCCAAGCAGAUCUUCCAAUGCACGACGUGCCCGAAACGAUUCGUCCGAAAUGAUCUGCUGCGGAGGCACCAGAAACGCCAUGAACGGGGCAUGUGGUUUCGCAACAGUGGCGGGUUUAGACAGGAGGAAGAGGCGCCGAAGCCGCGCCCCGCGCAUACUCGGUCCUCAGAGCCCGCGGCUCCCAGCGUCACUGCGGACGAUGGCAGCGAGCUGCCCGCCAUUCAGACCGACGCGCGAGACGGUCCCGAUCCGCCGGUUCCAAACAUCCGUCCUUGCGCCGCAGGGCACGCCCCGACGGUGGACUCGCUCCAUCCCCCCGACGUCGCGCCGGAAGGAAAUGUCACUUCCCUAUUCUUAGAUCCGUAUUUCAGUGCUCCGGACCCCUUGUUGGACUUUGACUGGUUGUUUGAGAAUGUACCCACGGGCUUCAGUACGACCGACAAGGCCCGUCUGGACAUGAUAUCUCCAGCCCGAACCGCCAGCACAUCGGACCUGUCACCGCCAUCUUUCCCCAUGGUGGCCCAGUCCAUUCGAUUUCCCAUGCCAUCGGAUUCAUCCUCCUUGGCCCCCUGGGCUGUCGUACAAGGGAGGCUAUUCGACGCUCUCCGUACCCUCCCCCAAGCGAUUCUGACGUCGCAAUUCUUUUUCCCGUCGAAUUUGUCUCAUUUCUUUGACUUAUACUUCGAGAACUAUCACCCCCAUUUCCCCAUCUUGCAUAGACCAACCCUGGAUCCGACGGCCGUGCCGGCGUUGCUGAUCGCUGCAAUCGUGACGUUGGGGUCGACGCUUUCGACCGAUGCAAGCCACUUCGAAACGUCAGUUCAGAUCCAUGACUCCCUUCGUUACAUUAUCUUUACUACCCCCGACUUUGAACCACCGGCGUCGUUAUGGUGCGUGCAGACACUUCUUCUCAUUCAAGCCCACGAGAAGAUGUUCUCGACCCGAAAACAUCAUCAAUUGGCACAUAUAUUUCACGGGGCAAUCAUUACGCUGAUGAAACGGGGGGUAUCGUAUGUCAACUCCUAUGAAGGGGCGGACGUUGUGGAACAGUCAUGGUGGCAAUGGAUUGAAGUUCAGUCAUCGAACCGCACCGCCUUCUUUGGCUUCAUUAUGGACGCACAGCAUAGCUUUAUGUUCGGACAUACGUGCGUACUCUCCGUGCAAGACGUUCGACUUCCACUCCCAUGCCCUGAUUACCUGUGGGAAUGUGGGAAUGCUUUGCAUUGGAACCGAAUGUUGGGCAAGAUUCCCGAACCGCCUGGCUUUCUUCCCGUUCUCAAGCGACUCAUCGCGCGCGCUCCCAUCCCACCUGAUUGUACUGCGUACGGCCGACUGAUUCUUCUUCAUGGUCUCUUCAGCGUGACGGCCCAUCUGAAAGCCAGAGACGCCGUCACGCUGGGCGUUGGUGGCACCUUGUCCGGGAGCUCUCCUUUAGCGACGGCGGAGAGUUGGAGAGACACAUUGGAACGAGCAAUGGAUACCUGGUCGUUUUGUCUUGUGUCCCGAAGCUCUUCGCUGGCCCUUGAAGCGUCCAAACCCCUACACCGAAUGGCUUAUGUUGCGAUAUAUACAGACAUCACGGACAUGCAUAUCCUGGCGGGCGCUCCAUCUCUACUGGGUAAUCUGCUCUCCGAGGCCGAUCUCGCCGGGGCCACCACGCGAGUGCGGGCGUGGAGUGGGAAGCAAGAGGCCAGAAGAGCCCUGUACCACUGCCUGUUGUUGGUUCAGGAGAUCCUGUUUACUGGAAGGCAGUACCACGCCUAUCAAGAUAAUCUGGCGCUUCGACCCUGGUCUCUGUAUCACGCUGCCCUCAUUCUAUGGGCCUAUGGAUUCAUGGCGAAGAGCAGAGCCCCUGCCUCCAAGCUGGACACGUCCGUGACUGCCGAAGAGUAUCUGGUGCGCAUGUUGAUGCUGCUUAGAAGCGAUGAGGAUAUCAAUAUUGUAUCUCAACGGACCGGCGAGUUACUCAAGGCGGUUCGGGAGAGCCUUGAAGGUUCUCGGUGGGAGCUCUUACAAGAGGCAUAUGACACUCUUGGUCGCCUCAUUGAUAGUUCGUGA